CAAUCCUCAGCCUUUGGUGCCCAUUCGCUCAGCUCAUGCUGGGCAGAUUGAGAAGACUCUGGUUGAUAUCCAUACAGCGUCUACUCAAAAGCUAGCUACUAUGGAGCAUCAAUUGAAACAUCUUCAGCUGUUAAUAAUUAUUCUUCCGGAAGUUUCUGGAUCUUAUGGGACGAUUAAGCGAGUCUGUGAAACAGAUUUGGGAAUUGUGUCCCAAUGCUGUCAGCCUAGGAAUUUAUCUAGACCCAACAAACAGUAUCUUGAAAACCUUGCUCUAAAGAUAAAUGUCAAGGUGGGUGGAAGAAACUCUGUCCUGGAGCAGGCAGUUCAUAGAAGAAUUCCUUUCCUCACUGAUAUCCCCACAAUUGUCUUUGGUGCUGAUGUGACACAUCCACAACCAGGAGAAGAUUCUAGUCCAUCUAUAGCUGCUGUAGUCGCUUCAAUGGAUUGGCCUGAAGUGAGUCAAUAUAGGUGUCUUGUUUCUGCACAGCCCCACAGGAAAGAGAUCAUUGAAGACUUGUAUCAAAAGCACGGAGAUCCUGAAAGAGGGAUUGUUCAUGGCGGAAUGAUAAGGGAGUUACUGAUUGCGUUUCGAAGAUCUACAGGGAUUAAGCCUGGUAGAAUUAUCUUUUAUAGAGAUGGAGUGAGCGAAGGUCAAUUCAAUCAGGUUUUAUUGGAAGAAAUGGACGCAAUCCGCAAGGCAUGCACAUCCUUGGAAGAAGGUUAUCUGCCACGAGUUACCUUUGUGGUAGUGCAGAAGAGACACCAUACACGUCUGUUCCCUGUUAAUCAUAAUGAUCGUAAUAUGACGGACAAGAGUGGGAACAUUCUGCCAGGUACUGUUGUUGAUACCAAGAUUUGCCACCCUACGGAGUUUGAUUUUUACUUGUGUAGCCAUGCCGGGAUCAAGGUAAAUUUGAUGUUUUG